AUGGCCAAGUACGGCCAGAACAAGGAGGCACACGCCUGCUGGGCCCGCAGCCAGCUGCAGUACAUGCUCGGCACCAGCGACAAGAACGACAUAUCUUAUGUCAUCGGCUACGGCGCGAACCAGGGCGCGACGCGCCCGCACCACCGCGGCGCUGCGUGCGCGCGCGAGUACGCGGGGCCGACCAAGAUGUGGAACAACGGCACCUGCUCUGCCGGCGAGAAGGACGCGACCGCCAGCCCCUGCUGUGACGUGGACAACUUCCUCGCUGACAAGGACAGCCCCAUCAUGCUCAAGGGCGCGCUGGUGGGCGGACCCGACCAGAACGAUGACUACCCCAACAUCCGCAAUGACUACAAGCGCUCAGAGGUCGCCCUGGACUACCAGGCCGGCUUCACCGGUGCUGCCGCCGGCCUGGCGUCGUUCCAGCGCGCAGGGGUGCUGUCCAAGUGCAGCUCCGCGGCCGCCAUGGUGAAGUGCAACAAGGUCAAAGACUACAGCUUCUGCGGCGGAAUCGGGGACAUGUGCCCCGCCGAGAUGGGCGGCAAGUGCGGCGACAAGCCGUGGGCCGGGUACUGCUGCGCGGCCGGUCAGAUGUGUGUCCGCAAGAACCAGUACGCCUGGAUGUGCGUCGGCGCUGUGCCCCAGUGA